CUUAUGAUGUUCCAUCUAUGAAACUGCUCUAUUCAUGACGAUUUGUGAAAGUUUAUAAGUAAACUUGCGCUUAUGGUUGUUUUGUGUAUGUCAGUUUAAUAGUUUGAUCAAAAGUGUAAUUCAUCUGAUCUAAAGUGUUGUAUUAUUAUUCCAUUUUUAUUAGUCUAUCCUUAUGGCAUCACCAGCACCGAAAUCACCAGAACAAUCUGAAAAAAACAGAAAAUAUGAUAGACAAUUAAGGAUCAGAAAGGUUAUGGGGUGAUCAUGGUCAAACUGCAUUAGAAAGUGCACAUGUUUGUGUCAUAAACGCUACAGGCCUUGGUACAGAAAUUUUAAAAUCCUUAGUUUUACCAGGCAUUGGGGCAUUUACAAUCGUAGAUGGGAAAAAGGUUACUAAUGAAGAUAUUGGGGCAAAAAGCAGACUGUAUAGGGAAAUCAAGAGCACAGGUAGCAACACAAAUGUUGUUAGAAUUAAAUUCUGAUGUUAGAGGUGAUUAUAUAGAUGAGGAACUUGAAGAAAUUUUAUGCAAUAGUCCUGACUUUUUCAACAAUUUUACUGUUGUUGUAGCUACUUCAUUAGUUGAAAAAUCUUUAAUUCUUCUGUCACAAAGGCUUUGGGAAUUAAACAUACCUUUAAUAGUGUGUAGAAGUAUAGGAUUUAUUGCAUAUAUGAGGAUUCAAAUAAAGGAACAUACAGUCAUAGAAACACAUCCAGACAAUGAAACUCCAGAUUUGCGUUUAGAUAAACCAUUUGAGACAUUAAAGAAGCAUCUUGAUACCAUAAAUUUAGAUGAACUGAGUUUUAAAGAUCACUCUCAUAUACCAUACUUAGUUAUAUUGUACAAAUUUUUAGAAAAUUGGAUUCUAAAUAAUGGGGAAUUACCAAAAACUUACAAAGAAAAAAGUCAAUUAAAAGAAAUGAUAAAAGAAGGAAUGAGGAGAGAUGAGAAUGAUACUGCAAAUAGCGAAGAAAAUUUUGAAGAAGCUAUUAAAGCUGUUAAUACAUGUGUAGGAUGUACUGAGAUUCCAGAGAAUGUAAUGAAUAUUCUUAAUGAUGAUAAAUGCAUCAAUUUAACAGCUAAGAGUAGUUCAUUUUGGAUUAUAGCUAAAGCAAUAAAAGAUUUUGUUGAAAAUGAGGGAGGUGGAUUAUUACCAUUAAAAGGUACUUUGCCAGAUAUGACAGCAGAUACAGAAAAAUAUAUAACAUUUCAGCAAAUAUAUCACAAACAAGCGAUAGUUGAUGCAGAAGCAGUAUGGCGACGUACAUUGCAACUGUUACGACAAUUAGGAAAAUCUUCAGAUUCCAUUUCUGAAAGAGAUGUAAAGUUGUUUUGCAGACAUGCUUUGAACAUACAUGUCCAAAGGGGAACGUGUAUCGCAAAUGAAUAUGAUUCUAAAAUUUUUGAUGCAAGCAAUAUAGUGCAAUGUUUAGAAAAUCCUGAGAGUAUGAUGAUUUAUUACGUUGUUCUUAGGGGGGUUGAAAAAUUUCAAACAGAAUAUAAUUCAUAUCCUGGAGAAUUUGAUGAUCAAGUAGAACCUGAUAUAGUUAAGCUUAAGGCAUGCAUAACAAAGUUACUGAAUGAAUGGGGAUGUGGACCAUUGGUAAAAGAUGAUUAUGUUCAUGAAUUUUGUCGAUUUGGUGGAGCAGAGUUGCAUUCAGUAUCAGCAUUUUUAGGUGGCCUUGCAGCUCAAGAAGUUAUAAAAUUUGUUACAAAUCAAUAUAAACCAGUUCAUAAUACCUUUAUAUAUGAUGCAGUGACUUCAAGUUCUGGAAUAUUUUUCUUUUAAUAUUAUUAAAUAGUAAAUUAAUGGUAUGCUCCUGUAUAAAAUAAGAAUAUACAAUUUUAUAAUUUACGUAAUAAAUUUUGUUCAUUU